AACCUUAGAACUGGACAGAGAGAUAGAAGGAUCUACCUUACAAUGUUUUGCACGAGUUCGCUGUAUUUGUCUCGUAUAUAUGUUUAUUACAAUUUCUAGCUGCUCUUUUUCUGCAUGACUUCUGAUUAAGUACAAGUCUGGAAAAGUUGUGACGUGGACCAUUUACAUGAGAUGAUUUAGUGAUUUUUGUCAAUCUUUCCAUUUUAAAGAAGCUGCUGCAAGGGAGACGCUGGAGCAAGUUAUGGCAGAUGCUCUAGCUAAAUCUGGUUCUCAUCGAUCAGCUGUCCGGGCUGUUUGUCUAGCCGUGGCUGGUGUUAACCAUCCAACUGAUCAGCAGAGAAUAGUAAAUUGGCUCAGGGAGAUAUUCCCGAGCUAUGUUAGGCUCUAUGUUCAAAAUGAUGCCGUUGCAGCUCUGGCGAGUGGAACCCUGGGAAAACUUCAUGGAUGUGUUUUAAUUGCCGGUACUGGCACCAUCGCUUAUGGAUUUACAGAAGAUGGAAGAGAAGCUCGGGCUGCUGAUGCAGGACCGAUCUUAGGCGAUUGGGGAAGUGGUUAUGGAAUAGCUGCACAGGCAUUAACGGCAAUAAUUAGGGCUUAUGAUGGUCGUGGGCCCGAAACAAAUCUGACUUCCAGCAUAUUAGAGAAGCUUGGCCUUUCCUCCCCUGAUGAAUUAAUUGGGUGGACCUACGCAGAUCCAUCUUGGGCUUGCACUGCGGCACUUGUCCCUGUCGUGGUGUCUUGUGCAGAGGCAGGGGAUGAAGUCGCUAACAAGAUUUUGUUUGAAUCUGUCCAAGAGUUGGCUUUAAGUGUGAAAGCUGCUGUUGAAAGACUUCAUCUGUGUGGAGAAGAUGGAAAAGAUUCUUUCCCCCUUGUCAUGGUGGGUGGUGUUCUUGAAGCGAAGAAGAGGGGGGAUAUUGGCAAAGAAAUCAUGAACUGCAUCUCCAAGGAGUACCCUGGGGCAUUUCCUAUCAGGCCGAAGGUGAAGCCUGCGGUUGGGGCAGCAUUGCUGGCUCGGAAUUGUUACAUGAAAGAAUUCUGCAAGGUGCUAUAGAAGUCCCAUUCUUGAAGAUUCGCUAGAGUCGAUCCAAUUGUACAGUAGGAUAACAAUGAAGUUUUCUAGCGAUGGCAAAACAUAAACACCAUCAGACAGAGGAAGCAACAGUCUGAAACGAAAACCGGUCCAAGUCUGGCGAAAGGGUUCAUGUUCUUUUAGCCACAGACAAAUAGGUUCUCUCUCCAUUCUUCUCUCUCUCUCUCUCUCUCUCUCUCUCUCUCUCUCUUUCUCUCUCUCUCUCUUUCUCUCUGAGGUUAUUUUCUUCAGCAGAUAGUUUUUCACUUCUUGGGUGAAAGAUGCUGCAACGCUACUGUGAAUCCAUGAAUGGUGAAAUGAGUCCGUGUGCUUGUAUUUCUUUUUCCAUCGAUGAUUAGUUUCAAUGCAUAUAAGCAUC